AUGGAGGCUGCAGGGCUGCCCCAGGCCAGGAGGUGCUGCCAGGAGGCCCUGGAGAAACUCCUCCCUCGCCUCUGCUUUCUCUGCUCCUUGGUGACCUACGCGAUGCUGGGCGCCCUGCUCUUCUCAGCCAUUGAGGGUGGCCGGGACGUGGGGGCGGGCGACCCAGAGUUUGAGGAUUUCUUGGAGCAGCUCUGUGGCCUCUUAAAAUGCAACAGAACUGGGAUGGAAGACAGGAAGAUGGACCUCCGGCAGCUGCUGUCCAAGGUGAAGCCCCAGUGGUCCAGCAGGUCCACAGACUGGUCCUUCCUGAGCUCGCUCUUCUUCUGCUGCUCGGUGAUCAGCACCGUGGGCUACAGCCACGUCUACCCCGUCACCAGGCUCGGCAAGUACAUGGUCAUGCUCUACGCACUCUUCGGCAUCCCCCUGAUGGUCCUGGUGCUCACGGACACCGGCGACAUCCUAGCAACCAUCCUGUCCAGGUCCUACCAUCGGUUCCAAGGGCUCCUCCCGCUCCGCCCUCCGCUCUCCAAAUGGUGCUCCCGACUGCUCUGCCGGAGAAGGCCUGCCGCCAAGCCCAUGGACCCAGCCAUCCCCAGGAUCAUCAUCAGCGCUCAGGAGCCCCCGGGCCCCAAACCCGGCAUGUGUCCCUCCGCCCCCAGCAACAGCAUGGAGCUGCUCGAGGGGCUCCUGGCGGGAGACACACAGAACACACUGCAACCGCCCCCAGGGGCUGUGCCCAGGAGUAACUCCUGCCCUGAGCUGGUGUCGGGGAGACUCUCCUACUCCGUCAUCAGCAACCUGGACGAGGUGGGCCGGCAGGUGGAGCGGCUGGACGUACCCCUGCCCGUCAUCGCCCUCCUGGUGUUCGCCUACAUCUCCUGCGCAGCCGCCAUCCUCCCCGCCUGGGAGCAGCACCUGGACUUCCAGGACGCCUUCUACUUCUGCUUCGUCACGCUGACCACCAUCGGGUUUGGGGACACCGCCCUGGAACACCCCCACUUCUUCUUGUUUUUCUCCCUCUACAUCAUCGUCGGGAUGGAGAUCGUGUGCAUCGCUUUCAAGCUGGUGCAGAACAGGCUGAUUCGCAUGUACAAACAGCUCAUGCUGCUCUUCGCCAAAGGGAAGUGUUAGGACCCCACUACACCGGGAAGGCGCCCCGUCCCCGACGUGGCACGUGUGGGCCGAGCUGGGUUGCUUGCCUGGUCUUUCGGGGCCGGGGUAGUUAAAGCCUGGCCCUGCGGCCUGUCAUCUGAGACCUUGGGACCCUGAUUUUAGCCGCCAGGCCCUGCAGAAAGGGGGCCAGUGCCCUAUGUAACAGGACAUAGACAAAAACGAUCACCAGGCCCUAAUGUCCAAUUUAUUUCCCUGUCUUCAUUUUUUUUAUUUUUUUAUUUUAGAGGCUGCUUAUUCACGCUGGGGACAGUGAAAUGGGAAAGGACCAGGGAAAUGAGCCCAGGCUGACCUGCUUUGGCUCACUAAGAAGUUAGAGAAAUGGGGCCUGGGGUUUGCCAGGGAUGAACUAUUUCACUGCCCUGGUUGCAAGCCUCGCCGGGGUCUCUUAGAGCUUAGCAGAUGCAUGUCUAUGGGGGAAGCAGGGAGGGGGAAGGGGACAGGAAAGGCAUGGGCAUGCUCCCAGGAGGGAGAGUGCGUCCCCUGUCUCCGUUUUUUUUUUUAAACCAUCACCUUAUGUAGAUGAAACGGCCUAACAGAAGUCACCAGUUUUCUUGCACCAUGAGAAAAAAAAUCGCCUUUGUUCUUGCACGUAGUACUGUGGGCUGAAUUAAACCUUC